UUCCUGCCAGAAUAUAUCUAGCACCCUGGUUAUCCUCCCACAGAGUCCACACUUCCUUGCCGAGACAAGCCCAGAGAACAGAUUGAAUCAGGAUGUGGACCACAUUGAAGGUUCUAGUGGUGCUGCCAGUGUUGAGUGUUGCUUUAUACCCUGAGGAGAUCCUGGACGUGCAGUGGGAACUGUGGAAGAAGACCCAUGGAAAACAGUACAAUAGCCAGGUGCAUGAAACUGCUCGGCGUUUAAUUUGGGAAAAAAAUCUAAAACAUAUUUCCAACCAUAACCUGGAGGCUUCUCGUGGUAUCCACACAUACGAACUGGCUAUGAACCACUUGGGAGACAUGACGAGUGAAGAGGUGGUUCAGAAGAUGACAGGGUUCAAAGUACCCUCCUCUCGUUCGCCCAGCAACGACACGCUGUAUGUCCCAGACUGGGAAGGCAGAACCCCUGAGUCCGUCGACUACCGGAAGAAGGGCUAUGUCACUCCUGUCAAGGACCAGGGCCAGUGUGGUUCCUGCUGGGCUUUUAGCUCUGUGGGUGCCCUCGAGGGUCAGCUCAAGAAGAAAACGGGCAAGCUCUUAAACCUGAGUCCCCAAAACCUGGUUGAUUGUGUUUCUGAGAACGAUGGCUGUGGCGGGGGCUACAUGACCAAUGCCUUCCAGUAUGUGCAAGAAAACCGGGGUAUCGACUCUGAAGAUGCCUACCCGUAUGUGGGGCAGGAUGAAAGUUGUAUGUACAAUCCCACAGGCAAGGCGGCAAAAUGUAGGGGCUACAGAGAGAUUCCUGAGGGGAACGAGAAAGCCUUGAAGAGGGCAGUGGCCCGAAUCGGACCCAUUUCCGUGGCCAUUGAUGCAAGCCUCACCUCUUUCCAUUUCUAUAGCAAAGGUGUGUACUAUGAUGAAAACUGCAAUAGUGAUAAUCUGAACCAUGCGGUACUGGCAGUCGGAUAUGGGGUACAGAAGGGAAUCAAACACUGGAUCGUUAAAAACAGCUGGGGAGAAAGCUGGGGCAACAAAGGCUACAUCCUCAUGGCUCGGAAUAAGAACAACACCUGCGGCAUAGCCAACAUGGCCAGCUUCCCCAAGAUGUGACUUCAAUCAGCAGAAUGCAUCGCGCCCCUCCCUCCUUUCUCCUUGGUGCUCAUGUUGAUGUCUUUUGGAAGGGGGGCAGUGUGCCUCCAUCGAAGGCACUGUAGAGGUAGAGACUGCUCUGCUCCCCUGUGUAUAAGUUAAAGAAUAUUCCAUUAACUCCUUUCCCACACGGUCCUGCCCUCAUGGUGUGUGUUGAAGCUGCGGGCCGGCUUUGCUGUUGUGGUUCUGUUGCUGUGUCAUCGCAAGUGGCCACGUCUUCACCCAACACUGGCUUGUGUGGUCUGUUCAAGAUGACUCUGCAAGCUCACUUCUGGUCUUUUUGUACAGCCUCAAAGUAGAAAUGUUGGUUGUGUUCGUUCCAAAUCUGAGAUGUAUUCCUGUAUCUUUGAGGCAACAAAUAUGUUUCCCCCCCCUAUUUGGCAUUUUCAAGUAAACCAAGUAUUUACUUUCCCCCCAUAAUUUCAUUAAGUGGCCAUUUCAUGGCAUUUUUCUGUGCCAGAUGCUAUCCUCUGUUCUGGAAACAAAAAGAUGAAUAAAACAUAUUCCCUUGU